AUGACAUUGCUGGAGCUUCCCCAGUCCAACAACACCGUGGAGGUUUUCCUAGUCGAUUCAGGUGCCCGUCUGGAGUUCCCAGCCCAGCAGUUCAUGCAGCCGGGAAUCCGAGGCUACAACCGUUUGACAGUGCCCUCGUACUCUUUUCUUAUCACACACUCGUCGGGCCAGCGCAUCCUGUUCAAUCUUUCCACCCAAACGGAUUUCCACAAUCCGACGCCGAGGUUUGCCGAGCCUUGCACUAACACUGCAAGUAGCGGCUGGAAGAUCUCUUCGCCGCGCAGCGUCUCUAACGUUCUGAUAGAGAACGGAGUUCCUCUGACUGAGAUCAAUGCCAUCAUUUGA